GCUGUGUACCCUCUUCCCACUGUUUCUGUCCUCUUUCUCCAACUGUAAGCAACAAUAUUCUUGAGUGUUUCCCAAGACUAGGAAGAGAGGGAAGUCUUGUAGAAAAAAACUCAGAAUGAAUGAAUGGAAUGAAUCUGGUAUAUUUGAAAAGGAAGAUGCAAUUUGUGGCCUUCAGUACCCAGAUCCUAAGUCGGGUAAAGCUAACGCGAUCUCUGAAUACAGUGGAGCCACAGAAGCCCCAUGGCUCGUGAACAUCUACGGCAACGGCCAGAGAUGCCAAGGAGUUAUCCUGAGCAGCUUGUGGGUCCUGACAGCAGCCAACUGCUUCUUGUUGAUGAAUCCGAGCCAAGUAGAGUUGACUGGAUCUCCUGGGCAUUCCUCCACCAAGACUGUGAGUCAGUUUCUGCUACAUCGGGGCUUCAGUUCCUGGAAUACAGCACCCAAUAAUGAUCUGGGUCUCAUCUUGCUUGCCCAGCCAGUUGAUUUAACAGCAGAAGACAUGUGGCCAGCUUGUAUUCCUCGGGAAGAAAAGCCAUACAACACACAGGAGGAAUGUAGGAUUUUCGAGCGAGGCCAAGAGGGAUCAAUGAGAUGGUUCCUAAAGGAGACAAUGGUGGAGGCCUUGAGCAUAUCUGACUGUUCCAAGCAUUGGCCUAACACAACGGAAGGCAGGAACUUGUGUGUGGCAAAAAAAGACCCUCCCAAGCUCACAACUUGCAAGGUGCCAGUGGGCAGUCCCGUUAUCUGUCAUGAUCCAGUUACUUGGGAAUGGGAGGUGAUGGGCCUUGUAAGUCAGAGCUUGCACAACUGCACAGUCCCUAUCCUGGCUUCUCAGCUUUUAUCCCAUCUACAGUGGCUGAAGCAAGUGGGAGCCUUAGAGAAUCCUCUCCAGCCUGAAGAUAAAUUACCUUCAGCAGCUGGACAGCAGCAACCGGUAACAUUAUUGGGACCAACUACAGUUCAAAUACCACUGGAGACUCUCAAAGUGCCGGUAAUACUUCCAGCUGCAAAACAAAUAUUUAAACUGCCAUCAUCAGAAGCAGCCAUAACAGUCUCACUGCCUCCAGUGCAAGCAACCACAACAGCCACCACUAAAUUGUCAACAACUAAUCAGUUGCUGGAAGCAACUGUGGCAGCCACCACUGCAUCUCCACCAACCAAACCUCCAACACUGGAAACAAUCACCAUAAUUGAAGCAACCAAACUACCACCAGUGGAAAAAACUACAGUCACUGUUAUUGAAUUGCCAUCAACCAAUCUGCCAUUACUGGAAACAAUUAUGGAAGCCACUGCUGCAUCUCCAUUGACCAAACCUCCAGCACUGGAAACAAUCGCCAUAAUUGAAGCAACCAAACUACCACCAGUGGAAAAAACUACAGCCACUAUUAUUGAAUCGCCAUCAACCAAUCUGCCAUUACUGGAAACAAUUAUGGAAGCCACUGCUGCAUCUCCAUUGACCAAAUCUCCAACAUUGGAAACAAUCGCCAUAAUUGAAGCAACCAAACUACCACCAGUGGAAAAAGCUACAGCCACUGUUAUUGAAUUGCCAUCAACCAAUCUGCCAUUACUGGAAACUAUUAUGGAAGCCACUGCUGCAUCUCCAUUGACCAAACCUCCAGCACUGGAAAUAAUCAUGGUAACUGAAGCAACCAAACCACCAUCAAUGGAAACAACUACAAUCACCACCACUAAAUUGCCAUCAACUAGUCUGCCAUUACAGGAAACAAUUACAGCAGCCACCACUGCAACUCCAUCACCCAAUCUGCCAGUGUUGGGAACAAUCACAAUAACUGAAGCACCACCACUAGAAAGAACUAUGACAACAACGCUCUCAUUAAGCCAAACUACAAAGCAACUUGGUGCGGUAUCUUCAACUACUAAGAAUUCCAUUUUGUAUUCUUCAAAUCCUGCCCAAGAGACCAAUAAUGUAAUUCUUACAACAGCCCAUGAAUCAUCUCCUACAACAUCUGCAUCCUCCUCCCCAACCACAAAACCACAGCAUGGAGCACCAACAAGUUCUGGACGUCUGCCACAGGAAACACUUUCCAUUCCAGGACAGCCUACUACUGCUGGGAUGGCAUCAACUAAAUCCCUCACACCUAGACAGCAGUCACCUGUAACUUCCAUGACAUCACAUCAGUUGUCACCUGUUGUCUCUUCCAUGAACAAAAGGAGCUUUGUAACAAUGAGAACAACAACAUCCUUUUCUCAAACCUCAAAGCAACCAAAUGUAAAACUUGACCAAUCACCGUUUUCAAUCACCAGGAAACCAUCUGUCAGGGCCACACAAACUUUGGUAGCAUCCACAGCCAGGCAACCACUCCAAACUUCAUUAAUUUACACACAUCACCAUAUAGUAAUAACACCACAUACCUACUCGAAGCAAUCUAAACCUUUGUCAUCUCCAGCCACAAGAUAGGGCUUCUUCCACAGCUUUACUACUCAUACUUGAAAUUUCUGUCUGCUGGUUUUGUGGGACUAAACCACAGGAGAAACCAUGAACAAGACCUUUCUCUUGGUCCUGCUCUGGCAUGUCUUCUCAACCCAAUAAAAUAAUUCCCAUCUUCCAAUUUGUGAGCAGAUAACGUGAAUGCCCAGAUAUAAAUGGCAUGAAUCAGCAGCUCCCAUGCCUAUAAGCAAGAUGGCAAUUCACAUGGACCACAAAAUUGAUAAAUAAUGUGGCCAAGAACUUCUAUGUUCCUUUUCCUCUCAAAAUCUGGGGCUUACCCGUGAUCAAUCUUU